AUGGAAAGACUACUUCAUUUGGGAAUUCUAAAGCCGUAUCAAUCUACGUCUGUUGAAGCUGUGUUGAUUCCUACUGAAGAAUGCAUCACAGACCUACUAUCAAAAAAGAAUGAAAGCCUAUCAACAGAGUUAGAUAUUUCAUUACUUAAUCUUCGCUUUGAAGUAGACGCAAAACUGUUUGAAACAGAUGAAAGUUUGCAAUCAAAUCUACUGGAAAGUGUAACAAAUGUUUUAACAAAAUCUAAUUUGGAAGAAAAGCAAAAAGAUGUCACUGCCACAUUGUUAUCUAUAAACAACACAGAGAUAGUUCAUAUGGAAACUAGCCUGCUGAGCCCAAUAGAUAAAUCUGGUAAAUUUGAAAAAGAGGAAAAAGAAGAGGAAUUCUUUAUAAACGUUGAAGAUAUAAAAUGUAUGCUGAGGAUUAAAGGACUUCCACAGAAUUUAGAAGUAUCAGAUCAGAAUGACGAUCCACCUGAAACUAAAAGUAAAUCAAAUUAA